AUGAAUUGUUCUUUCGCACACUCCGAACAACUGAGCAAUGUCACCAACGGUGUGACCCAAAAGAAGAGGUGCGACAUCACAAACCAGAGCGGUGCAACAUCACAGACCACAGAGGUGCGACAUCACAGACCACAGAGGUGCGACAUCACAGACCACAGAGGUGCGACAUCACAGACCACAGAAGUGCGACAUCACAGACCAGAGAAGUGCGACAUCACAGGAGGCCUGUGUUGUGGCGCCGUGUGUGAGAGUUAUGGCUAUCACUUCAUCAAACACAACAACACGUGGGAGAACGCGAAGAAGUAUUGCAGGGAGAAAUACACAGACCUGGUCACGAUGCACGACCAGGCGGCGGCCGAGAGAGUGUCCGGGAGCGUGCCCCAGGGUUCAAUCAACGAGACAAAUAACUUGAAGUGGUUGGAAGCUGUGCGGUCCUGCCGGGAUCAGAACACAGACCUGAUGAGUGGACCACAGACUGCUGAUUGGCCUACGACUGGUACAUACUGGAUUGGCUAUUUCAGAGACGCCUGGUUCUGGUCCAAUGGAAGCAAGUCCUCGUUUCGAAACUGGGCCGUCUCUGAACCUGUUCUUAAAAACAACUGGGGGCCAAAGGAUCCGCAGUGUGCCAGACUGGGAGAGCAGGGGAGAUGGAAGACUGCAAACUGUAGCGAGACACGGCCCUUUAUCUGCUUUGACGACCACAUGAUCCUGGUGAAACAGCCGAAGACCUGGGAGGAGGCGUUGAUCUACUGCCGCACACACCACCACGACCUGGCUGUGCCGAUCACCCGACAGCAGAGGCGGAUGGUGCGGCAGCGAGCUAAGAUGGCCGACACCGCGCACGUCUGGGUGGGCGUGCACUUCGCCUGCUUCUUCAAGGAGUGGUUCUGGGUCGACGGUCACUACGUCCAAACCGCAAAGUGGGGGAAGGGAGAGCUUCACAGAGUGUGGCGUGACCGGAGCCGUGGCCAAACAGGGGGGGAUGAGAUGUAUGCCAAGCACUUUGAGGACAAGUUUGAUUUUAUUUGUUCGGUUUGA